CGUUUCCUCAUGUAUCAUCAUCAUCCCAUGGACUGACUUGUUUGUAGUCGAGCAAGAUGGAGUUCCUUUUGGGAAAUCCUUUCAGUACCCCUGUGGGGCAUUGUAUUGAGAGAGCAACCGAUGGCUCCCUGCAAAGUGAGGACUGGACCCUCAACAUGGAAAUAUGUGACAUCAUCAAUGAAACAGAGGAUGGGCCAAAGGAUGCUAUUAGAGCAGUGAAGAAGAGGCUAAAUGGCAACAGGAAUUACAGAGAAGUGAUGCUGGCUUUAACGGUACUGGAAACAUGUGUGAAGAACUGUGGACACCGUUUUCAUGCUUUGGUCACCAGCAGGGACUUUGUGGAUGGUGUGCUCGUAAAAAUCAUCUCACCUAAAAACAACCCGCCCACAAUCGUUCAAGAUAAAGUCCUCGCCCUGAUUCAGGCAUGGGCUGAUGCAUUCAGGAGCAGUCCAGACCUCACAGGCGUUGUCCAAAUCUAUGAGGAGCUAAAGAGGAAAGGCAUCGAGUUCCCAAUGUCAGACUUGGAGACUCUGUCACCUAUUCACACACCUCAGCGGGCAGCAACUGCUCCAGAGGGCGACUCCACCCUUCAUAAGUACGGCACCACUACACAGCCCACACCACAAGCUGUCCCACCAGCCUACACCACCCCUCAGGUCCCCAACAUCCAUGCAUCUGGAUCCAUCAAUCCUACACCUGAACAGAUUUGCCGUCUGCGCAGUGAGUUGGACAUUGUUCGUGGAAACACUAAAGUGAUGUCAGAGAUGCUGACUGAGAUGGUGCCAGGACAGGAAGAUGCUUCAGACUAUGAGCUACUACAGGAGCUGAACAGGACCUGCAGAGCCAUGCAGCAGAGGAUAGUGGAGCUCAUUUCUUGUGUUUCCAACGAGGCGGUGACGGAGGAGCUGCUGCACGUCAACGAUGACCUCAAUAACAUUUUCUUGCGCUAUGAAAGGUAUGAGAGGUUCAGGUCUGGGAGGUCUUCAGCUCAGAGUGUCAACAAUGGGGUCCUGAGUGAGGCGACAGAAGAUAAUCUCAUAGACCUUGGCCCAGGCUCCCCAGCAGUGGUCAGCAACAUGCAGAACGCAGCCCCAACCAGCCUGCCCCCUUCCUCCCCAGCCACACUGGCCUCCCGCCUGGCUGGUCUCGAUGUGGGUGCAGACAGUGUGAGCAGCACCCUGAGCUCUCUGUCCAGCUGUAAGCCUCCUCCUGCUCAGGACGACUUUGAUGUGUUUGCUCAAACCAGGACUGGAGCUCUGCCUGAAGCAAACAAAACAUCUACAGCAGAAGACAGUAAAGCCACUGCCAGCCUUCCUCCUACUUUGGAUGUUAUACAGCCAACAGCAGGAGCGGGUGUUCGAAGGCAGGCCUCUGUUAUGGAUGACAUAGAGGAGUGGCUGUGUACUGAUGUGAAGGGAGAUGAAGGUGAGGAAGGCGUAACAAGUGAAGAGUUCGACAAGUUCCUGGAGGAGAGAGCCAAAGCUGCAGAGAUGGUCCCCAGCCUACCGUCGCCCCCCAGUGGCGAACCAGGCGCAGGGCAGGGAACCCCUGGCCGCAAGAAGACAGACAGACCAGAGGACACUUUGCUUGCCAUGUAGAACCUCCAUCGUCCGAUCCAAUCCCCCAUCGAGCUGCAUCACCUGAAGAAAGACUGACCUGACACUGAAAACACGUCCAAAUCACAACACUAUUCAGUCACACUACAAAGAUUUCUACAUGCCCUCCUUAGAGAAAAGGGAAUUAUUUAUGUUUGGGUUAUUUCUCAUCAGAAAGGGAAGAAAACCAUUUUGAUACACCUGAAGAAGAAGAGUAGAAGAAGAAUCCUCCAAACAUGAUGGCAUAUGUCAGAGACUGUGAGGUGGCCUGCUUUCUCCUUCCUUCUCUCUGUGUGAAGAAUCUCCCUCCGCCUGUUUGGACUGCAGAGCUUCGUGUUGCAGCUAAUCCUUAAACAAAUAGUUUUAUAAAAGAAGCCACCUGCUGUCCGUAUCAAACGUAGGAAAUCGGUUUCGUACCUAAGCCCUUAAAGCAUGCAUCAACACCACCAAACUGUCCGAAACAUUUUUAUGAUUCAAGGCCGAAUAUUAUGUUGUUAUUGUAGGCAGGAGCGUACCUACAGCUAUAUUGUUUUGGUGUUUGUAUCAGUCCCUCUGCAAGUCAAUCUAAGUUGAACUGUAAAUCUGUAAAUGACAAAUGUCAAGUUUAUUAGUCGUGUGUAUAUUUAAGCAACCUAUGUAUGAAAGAGAUGUUGAUUUAAUGUAGAUUUUUGAGAAAAAAAGGGUUUAUCAUCCAGCUGCUCUGACGAAAGGGAUGUACCUCAGUAGGGUUACAAGAAAAGGGAAAAUCAUUUACAAAAAUUAAGAGAGAAGAAGAAGAGAAUGUAGUUUUUGUGAUCAGCAAAAUUGCGCAUUGCACCAACAAGCGAGUUGUAGAUUUCUCUAAUUUAACAGCAGAUUUUUUUUAUGAUUUGUUUGUCACGAGAUUACGUUGCUGAGAUUUUAUUAGCCUGAAGCUGCUGUCUGACUUUUAUUUUGAAGAGAGUUUGGUUGUAAUUCCAUGGAUGGGUGUUUCACGAAGCAAGAUGGGAGAGCUGUCUGUGUUAUGAAGCUGUGUCAUGUUCAGAGCUACAGCCAUCGUCUGUAAAGUACUAUCAUUUAAAUUUUUUAAUACCUGGGCAUGUUGUCAUUUUUAUUUUAAGGAAUAUGUAUGUAGAAGGUUCUGGAAUCGUGACAUUAUAUACAUAAGGCUGCAGAAUGAAGCUUUUCAGCUACAGUAACACUUACUGUACAGUACACAUCAUGUCGCUGUGAUGCAACACCUUUACUAUGAAAGUUGCAAAGGCAUAAUGGGGACACACGUUGAGCCCAUUUGUUAUAUCACAGUUAGAGAGUGGUCUGGCUGCAGACCACUACUGUGAAACUCCACCUCUGUCAGAACAGACAUGAGGUGAUCUGCUGGUGCGACAUUUUAGAGUUGUUUUAAGAUUAAUUUUGGGGCUUACAUGCCGUUAUUUAAAGAUAAGAACAGUGGAUAGAGUCAGAGACAGAGAUGAGAGAGUGAGGGAAAGACAUGCAGGAAAGAGUCCGCAGGCUGGAUCUGAACCUGGGCCACCUGCGUACAUGAGGUAUGAACCAUUUGCCCAUCUGCUCCCAAGGAGGUUUUUUUUUUUUUAUUCAGCUUUAUUCAUAAACAAAGUCUGGCAGGGACAUGAAUGAAGUAACUACAUUGCAAACUUUACAAACAAAACAACAGUACAUGAAUAAAUACUAAAAAAAAAAAAAGUCAGAGGACCAAUCCAGGAUUCAAUUAUGUAUCUACCCAUUUUAGAAGUAGUGCUCAAACAAUGCCUCACUUUAGCUUUGUUAGCUUUAGCUAGGCUAACAAAGCUGUGUUAGCUAUGUGGUUACUGUUACUACACAAGCCAGUGUACCUAUGUUGGCUUUAGUGACUUGGGCUUAAGCAAACAUUGCUAAAGCAAACAUAGCUGCUUUAGCUAUGUAGAUAAGAUAGCUAUGUAGCUUAUACAGCUAUGAUAGCUUUGGCAAGCAUAGCAUAAGCUAUCAUAGCUUACGUAGCUUGGUUACCUUCAGCCUUGACUUUACUAGCUACAUGGUACUGUUACUAUGUAAGCAAUGUAGCUACUUUGGCUUUAGUGACAUGGGCUUAAGCAAAUGUAGCUAAAGUGAACAUAGCUGCAUUAGCUAUGUAGAUAAGGUAGCUAAGUAGGUAACAUAGCUGUGUAAGCUUUAGGAAAGCAUAGCACAAGCUUUCAAAGCUUAACGUAUCUUCAUGUCACUGUUAAUGCAUAAGUCAAUGUGGCUAAGUUGGCUCUUGCUCCAGUUAGCUGGGCAUUUGCAAAGAAGCUAAAUUAGCUACUUAGAUAGGGUAGCUAACAUAGCUUUUCCUGUAGACUGUUUAGUCCAGGUCCGAUUUUUGACUUUUGACUUUGGGUAUCCUAACCUUAUCUUUAAGUUUAAUCCAAUUUUAUUUUGAAAGUUUUAGCAUGUAUAUCCUUGCUGACAGAGGUGGUGUCUCACAGCAGUGUUCUGCGGGGGGAGGUCUGAGAUCUGUGUUCUGCAGCCAGACUGUUUUGCACUGUUGCAUUGCAAUGCUGGCAAAGCCUUAUUAUUGCGCUGUCGUUGAAAUACUGUGAAAGUACCUUUAGUUGUAAUCAUUUUACCUUUGUUUUCAUGACUUUAUUUGAUGUGACAGUCCUCAUUGCCAACAUCAUCUGCGUCCAUGAAAACAUAUCAGUUAGUCUAGCAGGUCACAUCUUCUGCCCAAUGAAAAAAUCUCUUACCUGAAUCAAUCGAAUGCACUAAAUUACAGCAUUAAAUUGAUGCAACACAACAGGUAAACAUCUGCUACUGACAGUGGUUAAUGCCAGCAUCAUUUUAUGAUGGCUGAUGGUUUUUUUUGUUUAGUGGUUGGUACUGAUGUUAAACUGAUCCAUCUGUGCAUCCCUAGAGCAAGUUUGCUGUCUUGUUUUGAUUUUCUAAAAUACAACUCGGUCAAAGAGAGUUCAUAACCAGCUUCAUGAUACUGGAUAUCUCUAACUGGAGUUUCUGCUCAAUCAGAGAAAGCCUGGCUAUGCUGAGCUUGCUUCCUGGUACACCCCUCUGCUGAAAAAAUACUCUAAUUACUCUCAUGUAACUGUUGGGUUUUCUCUUUUUUUAUGUGGACUGCACUGUUAAAUUUCUGUUGUGUGUCACAGGACCAAAUGUGUGCAUUCAUCAGGAAAAUUCUUGAUAACCGGCCGCCCACACUUACUUCCUGUCCUCUCUCAAACAUCCGACCAAAAUCCCACGUCACACUACAGGAGCUGUUGCACAUUAUCUUUGUGCGUUUUAUUUCCUCUAUGCUGACCUUUCAACAUGACAUUUGUUUGCAGGAAUGAGCUGGCUGCAGACAUGGCGUUACAAAUGAGCCGCUCUGCUCUUUUGACAACAUUUAAUGCAACACAGUCACAACAAGCUGAAAAAAUAAAACAAGCGCGCACUUUGAUGGCUGCGUUACCUUUGUACUUGUUAACUAGAUCACUUAACACUAGUGUAAUCAAAGAGGGAAAGCAGAAGUGUAGAAAUGAUUUAUCUGGCACUAUUUUUGCUCUUCAGAUCAGUAUUUUAAAUCACUUUAUUGUAAAAAAAAAAAGAUGGGAAAUUAGCUAUAUUAAGGGACAGAGUGAGAAAUUGUUGUAAUGCUGUUUGUUUUAGUGUUUCUGGGUUUUUGUUUGAUUUUAUACAUUGCUGCUGGCUAAUGUAUGUGAUUUUUCAUGGUUAUGUUUGUUGGGUAUUCUUGUCGUGUCCAUGCAGAGUUUCUAAACAGCUGUAAGAGUCUUAUUUAUAUCACGGAGGAUACUGGUUCUUCCCAUUUAUCAUUCAUUUACACUCUUUAAACAAACAUCAACAUUGCACAUUUUGAAAGGGAAACCUCCUCCCUCCUUAUGUUCCCUUGUUUUAGUGUCCACCAUGCGUGUGUAUCAGCUGUUCUGUAACUUUAUCUUUGAAAAAAAGUCUCCAAAUGUGUUUUACUCUGCUGUUUGAUCAUCCUGGUUCAUAUCGGUGACGUGAAACUAAAUCCAGAGUCAACUAUUUUGUGCAAGAACAGUGAGUUUCUUUGAAUGAGACUAAAGAUGCCGAUAAGGGAGGCUGUGCUGUGCGACUGCUACUUCUCCUGAGUUGCCUCAUCUCUUAUUUCUCUUUGUGUUGUUUGACUUCUGCAUGAACUCUAAUAAAACACUAGCAGUG